AUGUCGACUUUCAACGGGAUCGUCACAGAAUUUCCGUUUGUCAGGAUUGACUAUUUUCGCAAGGUGCCAGACAAACCACCCCCAUUGGUUUGCUUCCUCAGCCAUGUGCACAGCGACCACUUGCAGGGACUGGAGUCGUUCAGGUCUCCAUUUAUAUAUUGCUCGGCUGUGACUAGAGAGCUCCUUCUGCGCUUGGAAAAAUUCCCUCAUCGCAUGAACUUUUCCAAGGGUAUACUCGAAGCCAGAAAGCAGCAUUAUGGACAUCUUGCGAAGAUCCUGAGACCGAUACCCCUCAAUACUCCAACUGAAAUUGAGCUCACCCCAUUACAGCGCGUUCGCGUGACUCUCCUGGAUGCUAAUCACUGCGCAGGCGCAGUGAUGUUAUUGAUCGAAGGCCAAGGAAAGGCGAUACUUUAUACUGGAGACAUUCGAGCGGAGUCCUGGUGGGUUAAUUCAUUGAUUCGACACCCUGCUCUCGUGCCUUAUGCAUGUGGGUUGAAAACUCUGGACAACAUUUAUCUAGACACAACUUUUGCUGUAAAGUCAAAUAUAUACAGACACUUCCCGUCAAAAGCAGAAGGGAUCAAAGAGCUUCUAGAGAAGGUAGGGAGAUAUCCCAAAGACACAGUCCUCUAUCUCAGAGCAUGGACUUUUGGUUAUGAAGAAGUCUGGCAAGCUUUGUCUGCCUUCCUAGAAUCCAAGGUACAUGUCGAUCGAUACCAAUACGGUCUAUACAUGUCUCUCGCAUCUCGUGGCAACGGCACACCAGGUUUCGACACGGCCACUUUUCUCUGCGGAUUUCAGUUAGGGAAUGAGUUUGUUCCAGGCUGUCUGACUUCCGAUAACUCUGUACGGAUACAUAGCUGUGAGCCUGGGGCCUUUUGCCAGACAAUGAAAUCAAAGAAAUCAGUCUACAUCACGCCAAUUGUCACCCGUGAUAGAACUGGGAUCGAAGUACCAGAGCUCGGGGCCGGUGGAGGAAAAGGGGAUUUGUAUCAGAUUCAUGAACUAGAGUUGCCUGAUGAACUCACACUACGGAAACUCGAGGUACUAUUAUCAGAGCAUAUCACGGAUGAGUCGGUACUAUCGCAGACAAAGGACUUGCUGAAGCUGGCUUUUACGUCAAAGGAGAGAUCACUUUCGCUGGACGAAUAUGGACUUGCUGAUGACGCUGAUAUCUCACUUAAAGAACUCGCAUCAAUGUUGAGCGGCACAAGAAGUUUGAGUGAAUCUAAGUCAUUCGAAGAAAAUUACCCAGACACGGCAACCAUUACAUUCCCCUAUUCUCGCCACUCAUCCUAUGCAGAACUCUGUGAGCUUGUUCAAGCCUUUAAGCCUAAAGAUGUAUUUCCUUGUACGGUCGAUGAGAAGAACUGGAAUGAAUCCGUUUCCAUGGAAGGAUUAUUCGGGCAUCUGUGCUCGGGGAAGAGGUUCUCUUAUGAUCGACAUAUGCGGGGUGAGCGAGGAGCAGAUAUCCUAGAACCAGAAACCAAAAAGGCUCGUUAUACUAUAAUGCAUGAGGCCAGGCUCCAGUUGCAGGCAAUGGGAGAUACAGUUCAAUUUGAGAUUGGACCUAUGCCACGAGAUGCCGACGAGGUUCUCGGUGAAGAUUCUCAAAGGUCCUACCAGACGACGAAUGCCCAUUCCACCAGCGAUGAAUAUACUCGUGAAGACCGUGAAGAUACGUCAACCGUGGGAUCUAUCACCUACACAAAUGAGCAACAACAAUCCGAAACUGGGGUUGCACCAGCAGAGGAAACUCAAAGUGAGAGCCAGCAAACCCUAUCCGAACUGUUAGGCGACUCUCAAGAAACUGGCAGUGAGGCCUAUCAAAACCGCGUUCGAGCAUACCAAGCUGCAUUGAAUGGAACAUUUAAUGCGUGGAAUGAGAUUUCUCUUGUCUCUGCAGGCGAUAAUCAUGCAGAAGAGGAGUUUGAACUAUGA